AUGGCCGUGGUUGCGACAACGAUACUAUGGUCGAUGAUCACAAUUUUAUCAUCGAUUUGUUCAGUAGGAUUUGGUCUGAGUUGGAAUUAUUACGACAAAAGUUGUGCUAAUGUCGAGAGUAUAGUAGCCAAGGCCGUUAAGGAUGCUACUGCAAAUGACAAAACUGUACCCGCCGCACUUCUCAGGUUGCACUUUCAUGAUUGCUUUAUCAGAGGUUGUGAUGGUUCGAUUUUAUUGGAGUCGAGAGGUGGAAAGAAAGCGGAAAGGGAAGGAGCUCCGAACCGAUCUCUCCAUGCAUUUUAUGUGAUAGAAAAUGCUAAGAGAGCUGUUGAAGCCGUCUGCCCGGGCAUUGUGUCGUGUGCGGAUAUCUUGGCCUUUGCUGCCAGAGACUCUGUCGUUCUAUCCGGAGGACCCACAUGGAAUGUUCCAAAAGGAAGGAAGGACGGAAGGACAUCGAAAGCCACAGAUACUACACAGUUGCCAUCUCCCACUUUCAACAUUUCUCAGCUCCAACAAAACUUUGCUCUAAGAGGCCUCUCCUUACAGGACCUCGUUGCUCUUACAGGUGGGCAUACCCUAGGGUUCUCACACUGCUCAUCAUUCGAAAACAGAAUCUACAACUUUAACUCGACCCACGACACGGACCCGAGCAUGCACCCGUCUUUUGCGGCGAGCCUAAAAAGCAUUUGCCCCGUCAACAACAAGGCCAAGAAUGCGGGCACCUACAUGGAUCCUUCUUCUACCACCUUCGACAAUACCCACUAUAAACUCAUACUCCAUGGUAAAACCCUUUUCUCUUCUGACCAAGCUCUGCUCACCGAGCCACAAACAAAAAGUUUAGUCUAUAAAUUUGCUACCUCCAAAAAAGCUUUCCACAUUGCAUUUGCCAAGUCCAUGAUCAAGAUGAGCAGCAUCAACGGGGGACAAGAGGUCAGAAAGGAUUGUAGGGUUAUAAACUGA